AUGAACCUGCUUCCCAAGAAGAGCUGGCACAUCCGGCGGUCUGACAACCUCGCGCGCAUUGAGCGCGAUGAGGCCGCCGCCGAGGCCGAGCAGACCGAACACACCCGUCGCCAGGUGGCCGCCGAGCGAACCGAUCGCUUUGCGGCUCUGCGCGCCCGUGCCGGCCUACCACCGGCUCCGGAAUUGGUGACGGAGUUGCCUCCCGAAGAGCAGGGCCGCCCAGUUGCGGCUGCAGGGGCUCCCACCCUUGCCAGCCGCGGUCCCGCCGCCACUCAUGCGGCAGCCGAGGCUCCCCAAGUGGCACCUGCCACCACCACCACCACCACUACCACCACAUCCCGGACCAUGGCGGAUUUGGAAGAUUUCGCCGCCUCAAUCCUUGGCCCGAAUCGACCCUUGCCGGCGGCCACCGAUCGUCGGCCCCCUGGCCAAAUGGAUGAUCUUGAGGACGUGCGGACUCGCAAACAGCAGGAGCAGCGAAAUCGAUCGCAAGCUGACUUCGCAGCGGACCCCUCCUUCCGUCCGGAUUUUGCCCGCCAGGCGCUUCCCUGGUAUGCCGGCGGCCAGCACGGACCCUUUUCGCAGUCCGAGCACAAUCUCAAACGGAUAUCCGAGCGAAACAGCCGUUCCGAUCCGAAUGCUGCUUUGGACAAUAUCUUCGAAGCUGUGGCGCAUCAGCGCCUACAGGCGUCCUCAAGCCAGCUGCUCCUGGCGCCUGCUCCCGGGAGUGACAUCGCACUGCCGCAGGACUCGGGCGCCGCCCGACCGCCCGAGGCCCCCACCGCCGGUCGACGGGAGACCACCCGAGAGAAGAUGGCUCGCUUGCGGGCGGAGCGCUUGAUGCGCGAGCGCGAGGAGCGGGCCCUCUACUCCCCGACGCCUGGGCGCUAUGAGUCGCCACGCGCCACGAAUGAUCGCUUUUUCAUGGCCGUUCCCCUGCCAUCGGCACAAGCGCCAGCAGACAUGGAGGAGCCGAGGGCCGCUCACCGGACGCGGCACCGCCGCCACGGGGGUUCCCAUUCGGGCCGUCGCUCGCGUUCACGCUCACGCUCACGCUCGCCGCCCAGCCGGAGGAGACGCCACCGCUCGCCAUCCCCAAGGAGGAGCCGAGAUCAAGAUCACCACCGGAGGCGCGCCUGACUGGCGAAAUGGACAGUCCCGGAUCUCUG